UGGCGCCCGUUCAUUGAUCGCGCUCCGCAGAGCGGCUGCCGCGGCGGGCGGGGAGGGGGCCGGGGCCCGGCCCGGUUCGGCUCAGCCCGGCCCGGUUCGGUUCGGUUCGGCCCGGCCCCGCCCCGCCGCAGGGGCGCGCGGCCGGGACCGGGGCCGGGGCCAGCAGCGCGGGCCGGAGCCGGAGCUGGAAAACGUCCCCGGGCCUGAGCCCGCACCCGCGGUGCAGAGCGGCGGAAGGGACCCCGGGCCCAGCCGGUGCCAACGAUGUUCCCUCAAAACCGGCCCCCGGCCCAUCUCCAGGCACCCUCCGCUGCAUCAGGCACCGCUGUCACUGCCGGCGCCAUCCCUGCCACCCCACAGUCCCUGAAGCUGACGUACCCCGAGACCUUGGACCGCAUCAAGGAGGAAUUCCAGUUCCUGCAGAACCAAUACCACAGCUUGAAGUUAGAAUGUGAAAAGCUGGCAACAGAAAAAACAGAAAUCCAGCGUCAUUAUGUCAUGUACUACGAGAUGUCCUACGGCCUGAACAUCGAGAUGCACAAACAGACGGAGAUAGCGAAGCGGCUGAACGUGAUCUGCGCCCAGCUCAUCCCGUUCCUGUCUCAGGAGCACCAGCAGCAAGUGGUCCAGGCCGUGGAGCGUGCGAAGCAGGUGACUAUGACCGACCUGAACGCGGCCAUCGGGCACCAGCUCCAGACCCAGCACCUCUCGCACCACGUGCCCCCCAUCCCGCUGACCCCCCACCCCUCUGGCAUGCAGCCCGCCGGCCUCGCCAGCCUCGGGAGCGCCUCGGGGCUCCUGGCGCUCUCAGGGGCGCUGGGGGCCCAGGCUCAGCUCCUCGCCAAAGACGACCGCGGAGUCCACGACGCUGAGCACCGGGAGCGGGACCCGGGGCCCAGCUCCCUGGCGCUGCCCAACGGGGAGCGGGCGCGAGCCAUCUCCGAGUACCUGAGCAACAGCAAGAAGAGGAAGGUGGAGGAGAAGGACUUUGUGACAGACUACGGCAGCGAUGCGGACAAAAGCGAAGACAACCUGGUGGUCGAUGAGGACCCUUCGUCCCCGCACAGCGUCCACUCCUACUCGUCCCGUGAGAACGGGGUGGAAAAGCUGCCACUGGGGAGGAAGGAGGCUGUGCCGCUCAGCCCGACCUCCAUGGCCUCCUCGAGCAGCGCGUCCCCGUCCCGCAGCAAGGAUGUGCCCACGGUGGAGAAGGCAGGGACACCCAGCCUCAAGUCCAGCACCCCCACGUCCCAGGGCGACGCCGCGACCCCAGGCUCCAGCAGUGCCCAGCAGUUCCGCCCUGCUGCCCCCAAGGCCCCGGUGGACCCCCUGGCCCUGGGCCUGAGGACCCCACUGGGAGUGCAGAGCCCCUACUCUGCCACCUUUGGCAUGGCUCACCCCGCCGUCAACGGGGACAUGGCUGGGGCUGGCGCCUAUGCCAGCCUCCACCUCGUGUCCCCACAGCUCAACGGGGCCGCAGCCGCUGUGGGAGCCGGCAGCUACGGGCGGUCCCCCCUGGUUGGCUACGACCCCCACCCACACAUGCGCGUCCCGGGGCUGGCAGCCGGAAUGCAAGUGGGAACGUCGGGGAAGCCUGCCUACUCCUUCCAUGUCAGUGCCGACGGGCAGAUGCAGCCGGUGCCGUUCCCCCCUGACGCCCUCCUGGGCUCUGGCAUCCCCCGGCACGCGCGGCAGCUCCACACCCUGGCCCACGGCGAGGUGGUGUGCGCCGUCACCAUCAGCAACUCCACGCGCCACGUCUACACCGGGGGCAAGGGCUGCGUGAAGGUGUGGGACGUGGGGCAGCCGGGCACCAAGACGGCCGUGGCUCAGCUGGACUGCUUGAACCGUGACAACUACAUCCGCUCCUGCAAGCUGCUCCCCGACGGCCGCAGCCUGAUCGUGGGGGGGGAGGCCAGCACCCUGUCCAUCUGGGACCUGGCGGCCCCCACGCCCCGCAUCAAGGCCGAGCUCACCUCCUCCGCCCCCGCCUGCUACGCCCUGGCCAUCAGCCCCGACGCCAAAGUCUGCUUCUCCUGCUGCAGCGACGGCAACAUCGUGGUGUGGGACCUGCAGAACCAGACGCUGGUCAGGCAGUUCCAGGGCCACACGGAUGGUGCCAGCUGCAUCGACAUCUCCAAUGAUGGCACCAAGCUGUGGACAGGGGGCCUGGACAACACGGUGCGGUGCUGGGACCUGCGGGAAGGGCGGCAGCUGCAGCAGCACGACUUCAGCUCCCAGAUCUUCUCCCUGGGGCACUGCCCAACGGGUGAGUGGCUGGCGGUGGGCAUGGAGAGCAGCAACGUGGAGAUCCUGCACGUGAGCAAGCCCGACAAGUACCAGCUGCACCUCCACGAGAGCUGCGUCCUCUCCCUCAAGUUCGCCGCCUGCGGGAAGUGGUUCGUGAGCACGGGGAAGGACAACCUGCUCAACGCCUGGCGCACCCCGUACGGCGCCAGCAUCUUCCAGUCCAAGGAAACCUCCUCCGUCCUCAGCUGCGAUGUCUCCACCGACGACCAGUUCAUCGUGACUGGCUCGGGGGACAAGAAAGCUACGGUCUACGAGGUCAUUUACUGAGUGCUGAAGAGGGGACAGCCGCUGGAAGGGGCCACUCCACAGGCACAGACGGACAGACAGCCGCGGGGGCUGACGGACGGACGCUGCCCGCCCGGGAGCUGGCAGCCCAGGGCUGGAGCAGGCAGCAAGGGACGGAGGGGACCCCGCAGCCAGGCAGGGCUGGGCGGCAGCUGCUGCUUGCAGGGACCUUCCUGGGGAUUUUCUUCUUGUUUGGGGCUUUAGUUGUGGGGUUGUUUCUAAGUCUGGACUGGGGGUGGGGACAAGGGACCUUUUUUUUAAUGUAACUUUUUUGUUGUUGUGAAGGCUCUGGGCCAUGCAGGGGAGGAGGUGCUCCAUCCUCAGCUCCAUGAGCCUUCUCGAGUGUAUUUAAUAAUAAAAACAACCAAAACAG